AUGACUAGUUCACAAAGAAGCAUCGCAGACAGCAACUUCAUAUCCAACCUCAGCAUACAAACAUUACGGAUUCGGAUGUUUGUGUUUGAAGGGGUGGCGGCGCUGACGUCGGCCUCCGUUGCUGCACUGUACUUUUGCCAGAAUAAGCUGCUAUACCCGUCCUGGGCACAAGGUGCGCGGAACCACAUUGAGACGCCCGCAUCGAGAGAUCUACCUUACAGCCACGUUCUGCUGACUUCAGAGGAAGGUAUUGAAAUUGAGGGAUACGAUAUCAGGAACACGGACGAGGACUCGACUUCCACAUGUCUGAUACUGUGCCCCAACGCCGGUAACAUUGGCUACUUCAUCCCAAUCAUGGAGACUUUUUACAAAGAGAUGGGGAUGAGCGUGUUCAUAUUUUCCUAUAGAGGCUACGGUAAGUCGUCCGGAUCCCCGACAGAGGAGGGGAUCAAACGGGACAGCGACUGCGUUAUCGACUAUAUAACCAAGGAUCCCUUCCACAGUAAGAAAAAUUUGGUCCUGUACGGUAGGUCACUAGGUGGUGCUGUCGCUAUAUACAUUGCGGCGAAAUACCCAGAAUUGGUGUCAGCAGUGAUACUGGAGAACACUUUCCUCAACGUCAGGAAAGUAAUACCUUAUUUUUUACCGUACCUGAAAUACGUCGCCAAUUUCUGUCGCGACAUGUGGGACUCUGAAACAGAAAUUGAGCAUACUUCGCACACGACACCGUUCUUGUUUUUAAGCGGAUCUAGAGACCAAAUAGUUGACCCAGCACAUAUGAAGAAAUUGAGAGAUCUCUGCCCCAGUAGAGACAAAGAGUUCCAUGAGUUCCCAAACGGUUUCCAUAACGACACCAUAUCUGAGGAAGGCUAUUGGGAUACUGUGAAACGGUUUCUAUACGAGAGAGAUCUCAUAUCAAAGAGCUGA